UCUCCGUCCCCACAGUCGAGCAGAGACUCGGCACUGCGCGGCGAGAACCGCGGAGCCCGCAGUUUUAAACCACUGAGCCAGGUUUUCCCGACUCUCGUGAAGCGGAGCCCGGCAAAUGGGCGAAUGAGGAAGAAGAGCAGGGAGAUGGACUGCUAUCUGCGUCGCCUCAAACAGGAGCUGAUGUCCAUGAAAGAGGUGGGGGAUGGCUUACAGGAUCAGAUGAACUGCAUGAUGGGUGCACUACAAGAACUGAAGCUCCUACAGGUGCAGACGGCACUGGAGCAGCUGGAGAUCUCUGGAGGGGCUCCUGCCUCCAGCUGUCCUGAGAGCCCAGAGACACAGCCUGAAAGCCCUCGCUGGGAGGGCAGUGGCAGUCCUGCCAGGCUUGUGGGCCAUCCCCCCUCCAGCCAGCCUUCUUUUGGCAGCAGCCCCAAGUUUCCCUGUCAUAGGAGCGUCUUCCGGAGGGAUCUUACUGCCCUGCCCAAGACACAGCUGCUGGAGGACCAAAGCUGUACCCAGCAGGGGCCAGAGUGGGUGGAACCAGAUGACUGGACCUCCACACUGAUGUCACGGGGAAGGAACCGGCAGCCUUUGGUGUUAGGGGACAAUGUUUUUGCAGACCUGGUGGGCAACUGGCUAGACUUGCCAGAACUGGAGAAGGGUGGGGAGAAGGGUGAAACUGGGGGAGCUAGUGAGCACAGAGAGAAAGGCCAGUCCCGGGAGCUGGGUCGCAAGUUUGCCCUAACAGCAAACAUCUUUAGGAAGUUCUUGCGUAGCGUGAGGCCCGACAGAGACCGGCUGCUCAAGGAGAAGCCAGGCUGGGUGACACCCAUGGUCUCCGAGUCCCGAGCAGGACGCUCUCAGAAAGUCAAGAAGAGGAGCCUUUCCAAAGGCUCUGAACGGUUCCCCUUCUCAAGCACAGGAGAGCCCAGAAAUGUUGAAACCCCUGCCACAAGUAGCCCUAAGGCCUUGGAGCCCUCCCAUGCAGGCUUUGACGUCAAUACAGCUGUUUGGGUCUGAA